AUGCCGAUUGAUACUCAUCCUACUGAUUGCGAGUAUUUUGGUGGUCAUCACGCCUAUGAGGGCGUUCACUACGACAAGAUGGAUCCUCCCAAUACACAGGAAGUUGCCAAGUUGUCUAAGAAGCUACGUGAUAUAGCGGCUCAGAGUGUUGGUGGUACUCACGCAGAUCGCAUAGUAGCUGCUGAUUUGCUCAGAUCAGCUCUGCUCGACUUGGCUGCUACCAAGAAGAAUUCCGGUGUAGUGACCAUUGACAAUUUACUCGGUGAAGACACUUCCCGUACGAUUAUUAUGAUGAAGACGGUUAAUGAGGACAGCGUUAUGAAAGCUCUGACUCAGCUGGUCGAGGAGCUCAACAUCCCCAAACCCUCGAUGUUUUAUACUCCUACUAAUCACUCUGCUGUGCAUUUCGAGUCCUCUGGUGUUGGUUUUUGCACUGAGUGUUUGAAGAAAAAGGUAGCUAUAAUGGAGAUUCCUUGCGGUAAGGAAUACGGAGGUAAAGCUUAUAUGUGCGAAGAGUGUUAUAGUAAACGUGAUGAUGCUGGUCCUGUUUUCAAGAUCGAAUACUAG